GAGCUGCCACGUGGGCGGCGGGGCCGCGUGGGUGCGUCCCGGGGUCGGCAUCGAGGGGCGGGAGGAGCGUGGCUUGCGGCCGGGCCGGUGACCAGACGUGUCUCCCUGGAUCCGUUCUGCAUCGGGGCUGCAGGGCACCAGCGAGCGCCAACCCUAAGCCGACCCAGCAUGAGCGAAUUUCCCUGUGAAAAACGUGAUGACCAUUUGGAAUGGCCUGAGUAUUUCAUGGCAGUGGCCUUCUUAUCGGCACAGAGGAGCAAAGAUCCAAAUUCCCAGGUCGGAGCCUGCAUCGUGAAUGCAGAAAACAAGAUUGUGGGCACUGGGUACAGUGGAAUGCCAAAUGGAUGUAGUGAUGACCUCUUGCCUUGGAGGAGGACAGCGGAGAGUAUACUGGAUACCAAAUACCCUUACGUGUGCCACACCGAGCUGAAUGCCAUUAUGAACAAAAACUCAGCAGAUGUGAAAGGCUGUACCAUGUAUGUCGCCUUGUUCCUGUGUAAUGAAUGUGCUAAACUCAUCAUCCAGGCAGGGAUAAAAGAAGUUAUUUUCAUGUCUGAUAAAUACCACGACAGCAGUGAGACAACAGCCGCGAGGCUCGUGUUUGAAACGGCCGGGGUUUCCUUCGGGAAAUUCACACCAAAGUGCAGCCAGAUUGUCAUUGACUUUGAUUCAAUUAACAGCAGACCGAGUCAGAAGCUCCAGUGAGUUACAUCUCAUUAAACCUCCAGAAGAUUGGGAUUAUCCUCUUCUAAGAAGCUGCUAAUGCCUUUCAUCUUAAAGUUACACAUAACUUUUUAAUAGCCGGGACGGCAAAAGUCGACAUCUAAAGAAUGUAAAAGCUCACAUCUUCCUGACUCGCUCUCCUGUCACGUGGAAUCUGCAUCUGUUGAAACCAUCGAUUUAGGGUUU